UCUACGAAACUAUGGUGUGGGAGUGAAUGCAUUCCAAUGAGGCAUCCAACGUAUAGACAUGUCUCUGUAACUGGGGGAUGAAGUAGAUAUUAACAGUAUGUGCUACCUUAACAUGGAAUGUACACACAUGAGUACGGUAGAGAAGCAAAGGCACAUGUCCCUAACAUGAAAUGUAUACUGGUGAAACUGAUGUCCACAAGACUAGUACUUCACAGUGGAACAGAUGUGUUAACACAGCAUGACAUACUCUGCCAACAAGGGAAUGAAACAUACUCUACAGUCAGAACUGAUGCCCUGAAACAAAGGUGAGAUAUAAUAUAGGUACAGUAAAACCAGCUAUGAGAAUACCCAUCAUGUCAUAGGUCCUAUAUUCUGCCAAUAUUAUCAGUAUGCAAUCUGCACACUAUUGGAUUAGCAGAGGUUCCUGCCCAUUUUCACAUGCAUUAAUGUUUUUAUACAGCACUUUGGUAACAUAUCCCUAAAGGAAGUGUGGAUCAAAGUGCAAACACUGUGUGGAUAGAGAGCAUAUCUACUGCAUAACCCCACACAACGGAGCUCCAGAAGCAACGUAUAGAAAUUAGAACUGCAGUGUGACUGCCUCUGGCUCCAUGGCUUUUGGUGUGGAUGCAGAAAGGUAGGUUGUGUGAUGGUGUUUCACAGUUUUCAGUCUGGCUGACAAUCUAGAAAGAACAGUGCUAAACAGGGGACUCCUGAUCAGACCACUUUAAAAGAUUGCAGCAGCAGAGGAUUGUGAAAUACAAGCUUUUCGCAUGACAGCAGUCUGGAUCCUCUAAGUAUAGAGAAGUGCAGGCAAUCCAACAUCUAGAAACAAAUUCCCCAAUCAUGGAGAAAUAAAAGCAAUUCUUUAACGGUAAUUAAUCUGCACAGACUUUUAAAAGUGAAAUUUGAGUGAGUGACUUCAGAGCCAGACAGGCGCUUGUGUGCAGUGAAACGAUCUGAAAUCAAAAUAUAUACAACUUGGCUAGUAAUGUGUCCUACUGCAUAUCUGAGCUCAGUGUUGGGAAUGAGAAUAGAAUUCAGUCUGAGCAAUCAAUUUGGGGUUUUUGCCUCACCCAAGAGACUCUAAAUAAAGUAAUGAAAUGGUGUCUGUUGUGAGGUUUGUGAGAUGGGCACUUGUCCAGGAGGCACUCGACCAAAAUACACAGGUCAUGCAGAAAUAUUGCUUUCUUAUACUUAAGAGGUCUAAAGCUCACGUACAGGUGCGACCACUCCUAGCAAGGUAAAAAGAGCUCUUUAUAUAUGGAGGAUAAAAAAUAUCAAGUGAUGGAGUGAUGAACAAAUUCAAAAACCAGAGGGUCUAAGUUGAUAUGAGUCUACAGGCCUUGUCUAAAUAGCAAAAAGGAACACUUCAUUAUCAGAGACCCAAGCAAGGAGUGGUUUGACCACAUCACUUGCAGAAGUGCUAAGCAAACCAGAGUGUGCACAGUAAUUUGUAACUUCAGGUGGGGAUGGCUUUCUUCUAGAUACUUCCAACACAUCCAUGCAAGAAGAAUACUAGACUUCAGGCACCCCAAAUGCAAGGUUGUCUCGUAUCAUCAGUGUUUUCCGAAGGUCUCGUUCCAUGAUUGGCCUUUGUGUCCGCCACUUGUGCGCUUCCUGAAGUCCUGGCUCAAAGUAGUAUAUGCAAGCUCCAAAGCCCACCAAGAUAAGAAUGGAGAUCAUCAGAUACAUUGGCACAAACCAAUCCAAGAAAUGAGGCAUGAUUGCUAGAAAAAGAAAAGGUAAACAUAUGCAGUUGGUAUUGGUUGAUGAGUAUCAAAAUCACUGUCAAACAUAUAUAUAUUUAUAUAGACACUAGCGCAGCAGCCAUGAGUGCCAGCGUAUUUCCUAUGAACCCACAGGUCUCAGUAAAUAUUUCCUCAAAAAUCCACAAUACAUGAGGUUUGCCCUCCUUGUUCAGUUCCUGUUUGCAUUGGUUCAGCCUUUCUUACAGUGAACAUGAACCCUUAGAUAUGCCCACAUUGGAGAGGUGCGCUCUGUGAGCAAGUGCAGCAGUGGCUGAUGUAAGGUGCCUUUCUUCCAUGGAUGGGAGGGUGGUAAGGAACAUGCCCACACAAUUUUAUGAUCCUGUCUUUUCUCUCUCUCUUUUGGAUGUGGCAGCCAUUUUGUAUUAUGCUAUGGUCCCACAGCAGCUCUUAUGUGACUGGUACCCAUUGUACUUACUGUCUCAAAAUUCCUAAUGUGCUCUCUAGCCCCAACUAUCCCACUAGGCUGAUUGCAACUUUUGAUACCCCACUUUCUCCUUUAAUCCAUGCCUCACUUAAUAUAUUGUCUCUUUUAAUGCAGUAUAAUUUUACUAUGAUUCCAAAGAAUAAUGCAAGUCUACUAAAUCCACACAAUAGCUUACCUUGAGCAACUGAUUUUUUCCUCUCUCAGAUUGCUUGUUAAGAAGUGCUUUGUAAAGUUGCUAUACCCCUGAGAGAGAAAAUUGAGGAAUAACAAAUCAUAAUAAAGCAAGCCAAUAUGCACAUAUUUCCUUUAUCUUUUGGCAGUAUUUGGAUUUUUUAAAUUAAAAUAUUUUAUCCAAGGCAGCUAACAUCCAGAUAGAAACAAUGAUAACCUAAUAAUAAAAACGCAAACAAUAUAGUAUAAAACAACAUAUAGGUGGCGACAACAACAAGGGUGCAAUCAAUUAAUAAAACUUCUAUUACAGUACUCCAGUCCAAAUGUCUGUUUACAAAGUAAAAUAUUUGGUGCUUGUCAAGCUAUGAAGUAGUCAAGUUGGUAUCUUUAGGAAUUUAGUGUCAGGAUCUAGAACCUAGCCUUCUGCUCCAUUGUGUUCUGUCUCCUCUGUAAACCUGGCAGAUUGGGCUUUACCUCAAGGUUGAAGUACUGGCCUACCUGAGUUGUCAGCUGAUCCCACAGGCCAACUCCUGCUUUCUCCUUGCUCCUUAACUCUCAUCUAUGUGUUGCCAUGAGUAGCAGUGCAUAGUCCUGGUGCCUUUGCCACUCAACCCACGACCUAACCCUGACUUCCUCUGGAAACUCUGGCCCCUUUGAUCCUGAUCUGCCUCAUCCAGAACUCAGUCUAGUUUGCUCAAUGCAGCAGCUACCAAUAACCUGAAGCUGAUCCCUACUGAGAGCUAAAACUAGCCCCUACAACAAAGCCUUGCCACAUGUUCCCACACAUCAUUUUGCACACAGCAGGGAUGCUAGAUAACAAGUCUUAUGUUGUUGAUUGGAUGGCAAAGGCACCUUCAAAUGGUACUAACUGGUCCCAGACGGUUGACUUCACUCCCCCUUUUAUCCCAGCCAUACCUCAACUGAUAACACAUUUUCCUCAACUCUAUAUUCCACUACUUUUCCGCUUCUUAGACCAGCUAGCCAUUCAAUAUAGAUGAGCUCCAUUUCCUGCUUUUUUCAGCUUCUUUCCUUUUUUCACUCAGGCUGCAUCCAGUUGGCAGCUUCUGCCACCACUGACAAGUUAGCACUAAACUGCUGAACCUGAAGUACAGAAGAUGUACCAAGUAGGGUGGGAUAGUUGCUACAGUCAUUAUUUUCAACCUUGCAGCCACUGCUGGCCCUGUUAGAUCCCAGCCUGUCAUGUGGACUUGCAGUGAUCUGCAUGAGAAGACACACAGUCCUGUAUGGCACUCAAAAAUCCUCUGUCUGCAAGUGGCCUUUAUUCAUUAUUCAAUCGUUCUUUGCUUCUAAUAUUGACUAUAGCAAUGACAUAUUUUGUGAAUCCACUGAUUCCUUCCCAUUUUAUCUCACAUAAUUUGGUUCUUUAUUAUCUUAACCACUCCGUCUUCAUCCCUAGCUGAAACAAAAUGUUUAAAAUAUAUACAACUGCAUUUCCUCACAAUCAUUCCUUGUCCUCUCCUCCGUCUCUGUGUUGUCCUUGCAUCUUUCUGUUCCUCCCUUUUUUGUUUUUCUAACUGUCCAAAUGCAAACUGUAUGAAUCCUCUUCCCCUGCUUUUUGGUUACUCCGUGAACCAAUAUGAUGCUGCUAGACAAAACAAUAACUAACCAACAAUGCUUCAAAUUUG